AUGGAAAAUAUUACAGAAAUGAUCUCGAACAACAAUAAAUCAUCUCUAUGUCAACAACUUUUAACUCGAUUAGAACAAUUAAAAACACAACUAACAACACCAAAUAAAGAUGACAAACAAAUAUGGCUACAAUUUCUUUCUCUCUGGCGCGAAAUUCUUCAAAAUCCAUUAUCGAAUGUUCAAUCAUGUUACGUAGCAUCUGCUCAACUUUUAACAGAAUUAUUAGCGGCGAUCAAUUUUGAUUCUAUUAUAAAAGAUGAAUCCAUAGCUUGUGAGACCACUUUUACAUGCAUGGCAUUGCUGAAUCAAUUAUAUUUCAAAAAUUACGUUCUACGAAAGACUGAACAAAAAAUGUUACCAAGAAAAAGAAUACAUGAUCAUAUUUAUCUUCUUUUGGUAGUCAUGGCACAAACAAUUUUCAUUGCUUCAUUGGCUACAAUCGAUGACCGACAAUGUAUUGAAAAUUAUAUUGAUUUUUUUACUCUACUUAUAGAUCAUGUUGACCAAAGUAUGCCUGAGUUUUCUCAAAAAGUGGUGCACAAAGAUUAUGGAUUGGAUGAUAUUAAUGAAAGUAUUCUUAUAUUGCUCUGGAAUGCAGCAGAUCAAACAGGACUUGUUCCAACACUUCUCAAAUGUGGUCUUGCAAAGAGAGUAGUCACUUGGCUUGCUCAGUCGACUAAAUUGACAGAAAAAAGCCGACGUCCACUGAUCAGUAUUGUUCAUAAUAUUGCACGACAUGAUGACGGCGCCGAUGAACUCAACAAUUAUGGGGCUAUUGACAUUAUCAAACAAUAUCAGAAGACUGAAUCAGGGACGACAGAUUCACGAAUUCUUAUUGCUUCUAUGGCUCUGGCACUUCUUUCGACACCUGAACAACUUAAAAGCGAUAAGAAAGGCAUGAAUGUUGUACUAAAUCAUCUUCUACAACUAGUCAUGAAUGCUGCUAAAAAUGACAGAUAUCGAUGUGAUGGAUUUCAUGUUAGUGAACCGUUAGCAGUUUUGGUGAAAAUGUUCGUCGUCGACGAACCCACACUUGACUAUGUCCUAUGUCAUGCCGAAACUGAACCUUCAUCGGAUAUGUUUUCGACAAUUCAACUUUUUGUCUCGUUACUAUUUGAUUUUUCUCAAGCAUUAAAAGGAACGAAUCGACUUGAACAAUUUACUCUUAUUGCCAUAUUUAAUAUUCUUUGGAGUAUAUCAUUUCAACCAAACUAUGCACCAGAAUUAAUUAAAAAUCAAAAAUUAAUCGAAACAAUCAAAAAUUUCAUAGAUGAAAAUUAUGAAGAAAAAAUUUUAGAACAAUACAAACCACGUUCAAUGGAAGGUAUUAAAGAAGCAGCUCAUGGUAUUCUUCAUAAUCUUAAGAUAGACAACCAAAGCAAGACGACAAUCGAUAAGUCGGGCAAUGUUCUCGAUGGUCUUGUACCAAAUACAUUGAAUAAUAUAAGUAGCAAACCAUGCAUUAUGAUUAGUUAUUGUCAUGAUAACAACACUUUUUGUGAUCAAAUACUCAGUUUUCUAUCUGAGCGAAAUGAUGUCUUUGACAUAUGGAUAGAUCGAACUUACUGUCAAUCAGCAAGUGAUUUGUGGGAAUCAAUUGCUGAUGGAAUGGAACGAUCAUGUGUCAUCGUAUGUCUUGUUUCACGUCAAUAUUUUGAAAGUAAAUCAUGUCGCAAAGAAUUUAUAUACGCAGCUGAUACACUGAAGAAAACAAUUGUACCUGUAUUGCUAGAGAAUUUUAAGCCUAGAGGAUGGCUUGGUAUUCGCAUACCCGAUAUGAAAUAUAUCCGUUUUCGAGAUCUUAUUCAGCCUGAACAAACUAAAGUGGUCGAGUUAAUGAACGCAAUUCUUUUAUCACUCUCAGUAUCAACACCAGUUGUUCACGAAAACCUCCCAUCAUCAUCUCAACAGCACACUAUAACGCUGUCUGUUCCUGCUACCACUAAAGAAACAUCUACUCUUCGUCCAUUCAAUCAAUGGACAUCAUCGGGUAAUGAUAUUACCGCAUGGUUUGCACACCAUCGAAUAUCGAGAAGACUUUGUGAUUUAUUCGAAUUUCAAACGGGCAAAGAAAUGCUUGACUACGCUGAAUUGUUGAUUAAAGAUCGUGAAAAUCAAAUGAAUAUUUAUGCAAAAAUAUUUGCUGAGAAAUACAAUGGUAGUGUCAUGCCUCCACACGAAUUUUAUCGAUUUUCAGCAGCCAUGAAAGAAUUGCUUAAUGAUAAUCGUUCUUCUUUGUCUUCUGCCAACAAAAAUUCACCGAUGCCAACUAAAUCAAGCACCUGUAUUAUUUUGUAA